AUGUCCCUUCCCGCCCUGCGACGAUUGACCCACACGACACCCCGCACGUUGGCCCGCAUCCCCGUCGUCUCCAGAUUUCCUCUUCGCACUUCAUCCAUCCCGACCACUGCUGCUCUCCGUGCCUCGCACUUCUCCAACAUGGCCGCUCGUCAGUCUGCCGCUCCGCCGGCCUCCGCCGACAAGCCCUACGACCCCGAGAUCCAGGACAUGGCCAGCUACAUCCACCAAUACAACGUGGAUUCCGACCUGGCGUUCGACACUGCGCGUCUGGUCUUCCUCGAUACCCUCGGCUGUGGAUUGGAGGCCUUGAAGUUCAAGGAAUGCGCGAAGCUGCUCGGCCCCGUGGUGGAUGGUACUGUCGUCCCCCACGGCACACGCGUGCCGGGAACGCCCUACCAGUUGGACCCCGUGAACGGUGCCUUCAACAUUGGUGCCAUGAUCCGCUGGCUGGACUACAAUGACUGCUGGCUGGCCGCGGAGUGGGGCCACCCCUCCGAUAAUCUGGGUGGUAUUCUGGCCGUGGCGGACUGGAUUUCGCGCACUAACCGUGCGGGAGGCAACGUAGGCCAGGGCAAGAUUGUCAAGGUCCACGAGGUUCUGGAGGCCAUGAUCAAGGCCCACGAGAUCCAGGGUGUGCUGGCGCUGGAGAACUCGUUCAACAAGGUUGGCCUGGACCACGUGGUGCUAGUCAAGGUCGCAACCACGGCUGUUGUCGCCAAGAUGCUUGGCCUGAGCGAGAAGCAGACCGCCGACGCUAUCACCCAGGCCUGGGUGGACGGCCAGAGCCUCCGCACGUACCGUCACACGCCCAACACCAUGUCGCGCAAAUCAUGGGCUGCCGGCGAUGCCUGCCAGCGUGCUGUCAAUUUGGUUUUGAAGGUGCAGAAGGGUGAGGGUGGUCUGCACACUGUGCUCUCUGCUCCUGUCUGGGGGUUCUACGAUGUCCUGUUCAAGGGCAAGAAGUUCCAGUACCAGCGUCCGUAUGGCAGCUACGUUAUGGAGAACGUUCUGUUCAAGGUGUCCUAUCCUGCCGAAUUCCACUCUCAGACUGCGAUUGAAGCGGCCCAGAUCAUUAACAAGAAGCUGGCCGCCAUGGGCAAGAGCGCCAAGGACAUCAAGGAAAUUACCAACCGCACCCACGAGGCUUGCAUCCGUAUUAUCGACAAGCAGUUCAAGGCAAUGGACAACUUUGCUGACCGCGAUCACUGUGUUCAAUACAUGGUGGCCACGAUGCUCGCUUUCAACCGCCUGACUGCCAACGACUACGCUGAUGGCUCCGAGGCUGCGACCUCGCCUCUGGUCGAGGAUCUGCGCAAGCGCAUUCGCUGCGUUGAAGAUGAGCAGUUCACCAAAGACUACCACAACCCUAGCAAGCGCACCAUCCCCAACGCGCUGACCGUCACUCUGAACGAUGGUACCGUGCUUGAGGAAGUCGCUGUCGAGGCUCCGCUGGGCCACCGCCUGCGUCGUGAGGAGGCCAAGCCCGAGAUUCUCGCCAAGUACAAGCGCCACCUGCAGGCACACUUUGACCAGGCCCGCAUCGAUCAGCUCGUGAACCUGGGCAAUGACCGCAAGCAGCUGGAGAACUAUGAUGUCGACCAGUAUGUUGACCUAUAUGUCACGGACAAGAUGGUUGCCUCUGCGUAA